AUGGAUACUACUACUACAAACAAUAACAAUAAUAAUAAUAUAAAUAAUAAUAAUAAUAAUAUAAAUGAUAAUGGUAAUUUGCAAAAGAAUAAUAUAGCAAUCAAUGGUACAAAUCAAGAUACUGCAUUUGAUGUGGUAUUACAAUGGUGUUCAUUAGCAUGUAGUAAAUUGAUAUUCCAUCCGAUAGAGUUCCCAAUACAUGCACUUACAACGUUUAUACAAUCAACUCCGACACCUCAACCAAUCAAAUCAUCUGCAUCAAAGUUUUAUUUAUUCAAAAAGGCUUUGUCACCAUCAUCAUCACCUACCAUAACGACAACGGCAUCAUUAUCAUCAACAUCAUUAUCAACAUCAUCAUCAUUAUCAACCAUCAAUACAUUGGCAAACAAUUUGGGUGUCAGUUCAUUGGAUAAUCUAACACCACAACAAUUUACAUCGGAAUCGCUAUGGAAGCUAUUCAAACAAAAGGGUUAUCACAUCUACGAUGGUGGAUUGGUCUACCUUGCACACAAUAUGAUUGUUAUAAUAUUCAACUUUGCCCAACGUUAUGUAUCGACAGUCUACAAUUCACAUACCAUCAUCACAUCGACAAGACCUACCACUACCAAUCAUCACGACAGAGACGACAAUGGUCAAGAUGAUGAAGACUCGUAUGUCGAUGACGACGACAAGAUUGUGGUCGUACUGACCAAGGAUCAAUUUGAAAGAAGAAAAAAGAUUGGAAAAAUGUUGGACAUUUUAUUGUCUCUACUCAAGAAUGGUCUUACUCUUCCAUUGGAUGUACUCAUGACAAGAUUAAUCGUUCAUCGUUUUUAUAAAUCAAAUAGUACCUCUGAUUGUACAUUAAAAGGAAUAUUUAAAAAUGAAGGUUUAGUUAAUGGUCUUUAUGCUGGAUGGGAAGUAGUAGCAUUAAAAUCAUUAUUGGAAACAAUAUUUAAAUUUAUUGAUAAUAGAUUAGUUCAUUCAAAUAGACGUGGACCUUUUACUCCUACUGAAAAAUCACCAGCUCAAAUAUUACUAUUAUGUAUUAAAAUUAGUUUAGAUUAUAUAUUAAAUGUUUUAAAGGUUAGAUUAAAUAUUAGAAAUACAGGAUUUUUCAAAACAUUGAAAACCAUUUACAAGUUGGAAGGUAUUCGUGGAUUAUUCUCUGGAUUGAAUACCUAUUUUAUAUUAUUCCCAUUGUGGAUGAUUGGAAUCUUAUUGGCCAAUGUUAUAUUUGUAAAAUUGAAACAAAAGAUGGUCCGAAAGUUGCCACCAAAAUCAAAGAACCAGAAUCAAGAAACAGGUGAAGACCAAGACAUCGAUGAUGAGGAUCAAGAAGAGAAUACUGGUGUUGGUGUAAGCGAUAUCACCACUUUAUCAUCAUUGGCAGAUCAUCACAAUUCCGAUCAACAAGAUGAUGACGACGAAGAUGGAGAUAUUUCUUUUGAUGAAAAAGAUCAACAACAACAACAACACAACUCUCAAUAA